AAACAAAAACCCAAAAAACAAAAAAUGAAAAAGAUAGAAGAGAAAGCACCAAUUAUUGAAGCCAAGUCUCAUUCACCAAACACCACCAUCAACAACAACUUUUACCUGACCACAACAUUCCACCAUAAUACGUAAUUAAUUUCGUUUUACCAAAUUCCUUUGUUUUCAUUUGUUAUAGGGUCGCAUUUGAUUUAUUGUAAAAUUCACAUUCACAUUCACAUUCACAUGCAAUAUAUGUCAAAGGGUUAAGGAAUUGGAGGAGAGCGUUUGUGUUUGGUAGCACACACAGAGAGAGAGAGAGAGAGAGAGAUGGCUUUGCUACGUAAAUUGUUUUUCCGGAAACCACCUGAUGGGCUACUUGAGAUCUGCGAGCGAGUUUACGUAUUUGACUGCUGCUUCACUACUGAUGCUUGGAGUGAAGAUAGUUAUAAGGAAUAUAUUGGUGGGAUAGCUGGUCAACUUCGAGAUCACUUGCCCGAUUCUCAAUUUUUGGUAUUUCAUUUUCGUGAAGGGCAUGCAAAUAGUGAGAUUACUGACAUUUUGUCUGAGUAUGAUAUGACCAUAAUGGACUAUCCUCGGCACUUUGAGGGUUGCCCGGUGCUGACGAUAGAGGUUAUCCAUCAUUUUCUAAAAUCAAGUGAAAGUUGGCUUGCAUCUGGGAAUGUGCUGUUGAUGCACUGUGAACGUGGUGGUUGGCCGGUUUUGGCUUUCAUGCUGGCUGCGCUCUUGAUCUAUAGGAAGUUGCACAGCGGAGAGCAGAAGACCUUAGACAUGGUCUACAAGCAGGCUCCCCGUGAGCUUUUGCAAUUGAUGUCCCCACUGAAUCCAAUACCUUCUCAGCUGAGGUAUUUACAGUAUGUCUCGAGGAGGAAUGUUGCCUUCGAAUGGCCACCAUUGGAUAGAGCACUCACCUUGGAUUGCGUCAUGCUCAGAUUAAUUCCUAAUUUUGGUGGACAGGGGGGUUGUCGUCCAAUAUUUCGUGUAUAUGGACAGGAUCCUUUUCUUGUUGCUGAUAAAACCCCCAAAGCUUUAUACGCUCCAAAAGGAAGCAAAAGUGUCCGGGCUUACAAGCAGGCAGAAUGCGAAUUGGUUAAAAUAGACAUCAAUUGCCAUAUUCAAGGUGAUGUUGUGGUUGAGUGUGUUUGUUUGAAUGAUGACAUGGAACGUGAAGAGAUGAUGUUCCGUGUCACAUUUAACACAGCUUUUAUUAGGUCUAAUAUAUUGAUCGUAAACCGGGAUGAAAUUGACAUAUUGUGGAAUGCUAAGGAUCAAUUUCCUAAGGACUUCAGAGCAGAGAUUCUUUUCUCAGAGAUGGAUGCUGCUGCUUCCAUUGUUCUGGGUGAUGUCUCGUGCUUUGAGGAGGAGGGCCUUCCCAUGGAGGCAUUUGCAAAAGUUCGAGAGAUCUUCAAUUAUGUGGACUGGUUAGAUCCUAAGGCCGAUGCAGCGCUAAAUGUGCUCCAGCAGGAGCUAAGUCCUAGAAAGCUCUGGCAGAAAAAGAAGCCCACGGUUUUUGAAAAUAGGGAUAAUAGCUCCUUAUCGUCAUCCCUGGAUAUUCAGUCCCUUAAGGUGGCUGAGCCCCAUGACAUUCAGAUUGCACUUCAAUUGCCCUCUCAAUCUGACAUCAUGUUCCAAGGGAUGCCUCAAUCUUCUAAGUCAACCACAGUCUCCUGUAAAUCUGUGCAAGGUACACCUGUAACCCCAACUUUUGGUAUUGAAUGUCAGUUACAUGACUAUGCCUUAUCUGAAGGUGCCAAAGUCACUCAACCUGCACCUGUUCCUCCAACUGUUCCAGAGCCCCCAUUGGCAGUUUCACAUGCCCCUGAAUCUGUUGAUACCAAAAGUGUUUCAAUUGCACCCAAAACACCUCCACCUGCUCCCCCACCACCACCUCUCUUGACUGAUUGUUCUACGAAAACUCUUCCUUCUCCUUCCCCACCUCCUCCAUUGCCACCUCAUCAACUUUCAGAACCUACGCAUUCUUCACUUACCAAUGAUAUUUAUUAUAAAGAUCAUUCAUCAAUGGUUAGCCCACCAGUUAGUGUUAGGCCACCUCCACCUCCACCACCACCCCCUCCUCAUACUGGGCAAACUUCAGGUCCUUCAAUCUCCAACAAUAAUCCAUUACUUAAUCCUCCUUUAGCUCCUAUAGUUACUUCAAUAACUAGGCCGCCUCCAACUCCACCACCACCUCCUCCACCAACGCCUCCUUUGAAGGAGAAUAUAGCUGUUAGAGCUGGACAUCCUCCACCUCCAACUCCUCCACCACCUCCUCCUCCAACACCUCCUUUGAAGGAGAAUAUAGCUGUUAGAGCUGGACAUCCUCUGCCUCCAACUCCUCCACCACCUCCUCCUCCAACACCUCAUUUGAAGGAGAAUAUAGCUGUUAGAGCUGGACAUCCUCCACCUCCACCUCCUCCCCCCCCUCAUUCAGGGCAGGCUGCUGGUCCUAGAAUUCCAUCUUCAGUGCCACCACCUCCUCCUGCCCCCAUAUAUUCAUCCAAGCACUCUGACCCUGCAUCAGUGAAAUCCUCACCUGUUCCAUCUGUGCCCCCUCCUCCAGCUCCCUCUGUUAAAGGAGUGCCAGGUUCGCUUUCUCUAGGUAGUAUUGGGAAUAGUUCUCCCAAUGGUGGAAAGGGUCGAAUUAUUUCACGUACAAUAAGUUCAAAGAGUAAUCAAGCCAAAAAACUGAGGCCAUUGCAUUGGAUGAAAUUAACAAGAGCAAUGUCAGGAAGUCUAUGGGCUGAGGCACAAAAAUCUGGUGAUGCUGCCAAGGCUCCAGAGAUUGACAUGUCAGAGCUAGAGAAUCUUUUCUCAGCAGCAGUUCCAACUUCAGAUCAUGGCAGGAAGUCUAAGAGUGGCUCAGCGGGGCCAAAAUCAGAUAAAGUGCAACUGAUUGACCACAGGCGGGCAUAUAACUGUGAAAUCAUGCUUUCAAAGGUGAAAGUGCCAUUGCAUGACUUAAUGAGUUCAGUGCUUGCCCUGGAAGAUUCAGCUUUAGAUGUGGAUCAGGUCGAGAAUCUCAUAAAGUUCUGUCCAACAAAAGAGGAGAUGGAACUACUUAAGGGCUACACGGGAGAAAAGGAAAAGUUAGGGAAAUGUGAACAGUUCUUCUUAGAGUUAAUGCAAGUACCACGUGUAGAAAGUAAGCUCAGAGUUUUUUCAUUCAAGAUUCAGUUCCAUUCCCAGGUUUCUGACCUCAGAAGCAGCCUUAGUGCUGUCUACUCUGCUGCAGAAGAGAUCAAGGGUUCUGUCAAACUGAAGAGAAUUAUGCAGACAGUUCUUUCAUUAGGAAAUGCUUUGAACCAGGGAACUGCUAGGGGAUCUGCCAUUGGGUUUAGGUUGGAUAGCCUUCUUAAACUUACAGAUACACGUGCACAGAACAAGAAGACUACUCUCAUGCAUUAUCUUUGUAAGGUGCUUGCUGAUAAAUUGCCUGAAGUUCUAGAUUUUUCCAAGGACCUUGCUAGCUUAGAGGCUGCAUCAAAGAUACAAAUGAGAAUUUUGGCAGAGGAAAUGCAAGCUAUAAGCAAAGGAUUGGAGAAAGUUGUACAGGAACUGUCCACCUCUGAAAUUGAUGGUCCUGUAUCCGAAAAUUUCCGUAAGAUUUUAAAGGAGUUCCUUCUUUCCGCUGAAGCUGAAGUGAGGUCUUUGGCUUCAUUGUAUUCUGGCGUGGGUAGAAAUGUGGAUGCAAUGAUCAUUUAUUUUGGAGAAGAUCCAUCUCGCUGCCCCUUUGAACAAGGUGAGGUCCAACAUGCAGGGUUUUAAAUGGGAGGUUAAGUGGCGGCAACAAAGAUCGAAUUUAUGACCUCCCGCUCUGAUAUCAUAUUAAAUUACCGAUUGUCCCAAAAGCUUAAGCUAUUGGGAUAUGGUAAAAUUAAUCAUCUAACCACAUACUUCUAACAAUUACCCUAGGGUCAAAUGGAAAUCUUGGCUUGUGAUUUAUUUAUGAUUUCAUAUAUGGUAUUGGUAUAUACUCAGAAUUUGCUGCUUAUGAGUUUUGUGAUGAAAUUUGAAUCAACUGAUGGUUCACCUGAAUUAUGAGCUCAAAAACCAUUACCAUAUCUGAUGUUUUGUUCUGAAAUCUUGUAGCAUGUUUUAGUAAUUUCUGCAAUCUAAGUUUUAAGAGAUUUACUUAGUAGUCGAAUUCAAUAAAAUCUUGGUUUUGUUAGUUAUCUGUCUAUUUCUAAGUUUGUCAUCAGAUUGGAAGCUGCAUCUGAUUCCUUUACUAAUCACAUUCAUUAUGAUGAUAUAUCAUGUUGUGUCCCCAAUCUAAAUCUACACAUUGUCACUGUAAUGACCAGGUGUAUGCCUUUUCUUUUAAAGAUAAUAUGUGUUGGUAUUUAUUAGGUUUUGUACUUUAUAGUUUUCUAAUCUUGAAGUCUAGUUGGACGGCUUCACAUGCACAGCUCUUUUCAGUGUUGUUUCUGCUACCUUAUUACA